AUGGCGGCCACGACAGAUACCAACACGUACAAGUUUAAUCACUCGAUGAUUCGAGUCAAGGACCCCAAGAAGUCCGUCGAGUUCUACGAGUUCUUGGGCAUGAGCCUCGUCCACAAGCUUAGCUUCCCCGACUCCAAGUUCGACCUCUACUUCCUCGGCUACGACUCGCCCCAGGCCCUCUCCCACGGCAACAAGACGUUUGACCGCGAGGGCCUUAUCGAGCUCACGCACAACUACGGCACCGAAAACGACGACUCGUACAAGAUCAACAACGGCAAUGCCGAGCCUAACCGCGGCUUCGGCCACACGUGCAUCAGCGUCGACAACAUCCAGGCCGCGUGCAAGCGCAUCGAGGAUGCCGGCUACAAGUUCCAGAAGAAGCUCACAGACGGAAAGAUGAGGCACAUUGCCUUUGCGCUCGAUCCUGAUGGCUACUGGGUUGAGAUUAUCGGACAGAAGCCGGUCGAAACGACCGAGAACGUCACCACCACUGACGUGGGCACUUACCGCAUGAACCAUACCAUGAUCCGAGUCAAGGACGCCGAGAAGUCCCUCAAGUUCUACCAGGAUGUCAUCGGCAUGACGCUUAUCCGCACUCACGAAUCCCCCAAUGGAGGCUUCAACCUCUAUUUCCUAGGGUACCCCGGAAAGGAGGGUAUCCCCGCUGAUAAGACUACCAGCGGUAUGGAGGGGCUCCUCGAGUUGACGUGGAAUUACGGCACCGAAAAGGACGAGAGCUUUAGCUACCAUGACGGCAACAAAGAGCCUCAGGGCUUUGGCCACAUCUGCAUUUCGGUCGAUAACAUCGAGGCAGCGUGCCAGCGUUUUGAGGACUUGAACUGCAACUGGAAGAAGCGAUUAACAGAUGGUAGGAUGAAGAACGUCGCCUUCCUUCUUGAUCCGGAUGGCUACUGGGUCGAGGUUGUUCAGAACGAGGCCAUUGCCGGCAAGGAUAACUUUUGA